GGCUGGGCUCCUCCAUCGUGGGUGCCGACGCGGCGAUGGGUGUCCUCAAAGUGUGCCUCGGGCUGGCCCUAGCGUUGGCAGAAUUUGCAGUAUUGCCUCAUCAUUCCGAAGGUGCUUGUGUCUAUCAGGGUUCCUUGUUGGCGGAUACCACAAUUUGGAAGCCUGAUUCAUGCCAGAACUGCCGUUGCCAUGGUGAUAUCGUUAUCUGCAAACCUGCUGUUUGCAGAAACCCUCAAUGUGCCUUUGAGAAGGGAGAAGUGCUUCAAAUUGCUGCCAACCAAUGCUGCCCUGAGUGUGUUUUGAGGACUCCAGGAUCUUGCCAUUAUGAAAAGAAAAUCCAUGAGCAUGGGACAGAAUGGGCCUCUUCUCCAUGUAGUGUGUGCUCUUGCAAUCAUGGGGAAGUCCGAUGUACCCCUCAACCAUGCCCACCGCUGUCAUGUGGACACCAGGAGUUGGCAUUCAUCCCUGAAGGAAGCUGCUGCCCAGUUUGUGUGGGCCCUGGGAAACCCUGUUCCUAUGAAGGCCGUGUGUUUCAGGAUGGGGAGGACUGGCAGCUGAGCCGGUGUGCCAAAUGUCUGUGUAGAAAUGGGGUUGCGCAGUGCUUCACAGCUCAGUGUCAGCCUCUAUUUUGCAACCAGGACGAGACUGUAGUCCGAGUCCCUGGAAAAUGUUGCCCGCAGUGCUCUGCACGAUCCUGCUCUGCAGCUGGCCAAGUAUAUGAGCAUGGUGAGCAGUGGAGUGAAAAUGCCUGCACCACGUGUAUAUGUGACCGGGGUGAGGUCAGAUGUCACAAGCAGGCCUGCCCGCCCCUGAGAUGCGGAAAGGGUCAGAGCAGGGCUCGGCGUCAUGGGCAAUGCUGUGAGGAAUGUAUGUCUCCUGCCGGGAGCUGUUCCUAUGAUGGGAUUGUGCGGUACCAGGAUGAAAUGUGGAAGGGCUCGGCCUGUGAGUUCUGCAUGUGUGAUCAUGGCCAAGUGACCUGCCAGACUGGAGAGUGUUCCAAAGUGGAGUGUGCCCGGGGUGAAGAAUUAAUUCACUUAGAUGGAAAAUGUUGUCCUGAAUGCAUUUCGAGGAAUGGUUAUUGUGUUUAUGAAGGAAACGGAAAAUUCAUGUCCUCAAAUGCUAGUGAAGUUAAACGUAUUCCAGAGGGAGAGAAGUGGGAAGAUGGCCCUUGCAAGGUGUGUGAGUGCCGAGGGGCUCAGGUAACUUGCUAUAAGCCCUCUUGCCCACCAUGUCCAGUGGGCACACUGGCCUUAGAGGUGAAGGGACGGUGCUGUCCAGACUGCACAUCAGUUCAUUGCCAUCCAGAUUGUUUGACAUGCUCUCACUCUCCAGACCACUGUGACCUCUGCCAAGAUCCUACCAAGUUACUGCAGAAUGGACGGUGUGUGCACAGCUGUGGUCUGGGUUUUUACCAAGCUGGCAGUCUCUGUUUAGCCUGCCAGCCCCAGUGCUCCACGUGUACCAGUGGGCUGGAGUGCUCAUCCUGCCAGCCUCCCCUGCUGAUGCGACACGGGCAGUGUGUGUCUACCUGUGGGGACGGCUUCUACCAAGAUCACCAUUCCUGUGCAGUCUGCCAUGAGUCCUGUGCAGGCUGCUGGGGCCCAGCGGAGAAGCACUGCUUGGCCUGCAGAGAUCCCCUCCACGUGCUGAGAGAUGGCCGCUGUGAUAGCAGCUGUGGAAAAGGCUUCUACAACAAGCAGGGCACCUGUAGCGCUUGUGACCAAUCCUGUGAGACUUGUGGGCCCAGUAGCCCCAGGUGUCUUACCUGUACUGAGAAGACAGUGCUGCAUGAUGGGAAAUGCAUGUCUGAAUGCCCUGGUGGGUACUAUGCUGAUGCCAUUGGCAGGUGCAAAGUUUGUCAUAACUCGUGUGCCAGCUGCUCUGGGCCCACAGCCUCUCACUGUACAGCCUGCAGCCCCCCCAAGGUUCUGCGUCAAGGCCACUGUCUGCCCCACUGUGGAGAGGGCUUCUACUCUGACUACGAGGUCUGCAAAGCCUGUCACUCCUCCUGCCUGGCUUGUAUGGGUCCUGCGCCCUCUCACUGUACUGGGUGUAAGAAGCCAGAGGAAGGACUGCAAGUGGAGCAACUGUCUGGGGUGGGCAUCCCCUCUGGCGAGUGUCUAGCCCAGUGUAGAGCCCAUUUUUACUUGGAGAGCACUGGCAUAUGUGAAGCUUGCCACCAGUCCUGUUUCAGAUGUGCAGGGAAAAGCUCACGUAACUGCACAGACUGUGGGCCUUCCCAUGUGCUAUUGGAUGGGCAGUGCCUCUCCCAGUGCCCAGAUGGCUACUUUCACCAGGAAGGUAAUUGCACAGAAUGUCACCCAACCUGCAGGCAGUGCCGUGGGCCGUUGGAGUCUGACUGUAUCUCCUGUUACCCUCACGUCUCUCUUACCAAUGGUAACUGCAGGACUAGCUGCAGGGAAGAGCAGUUCCUUAACCUCGUGGGAUCCUGUGCUGACUGCCAUCCCCUGUGCCAGCACUGUGCAGCUGAUCACAACACCGGGAGCAUCUGCCUGAGGUGCCACAAUGCCCGCUACCUGCUGCUCGGGGACCACUGUGUUCCUGACUGCCCUUCAGGAUACUAUGCAGAGAGAGGAGCUUGUAAAAAAUGUCACUCCUCGUGCAGAACCUGCCAGGGCAGAGGACCUUUCUCCUGCUCCUCAUGUGACACCAACCUCGUGCUGUCCCACACUGGCACCUGCAGCACCACCUGCUUCCCUGGGCACUAUCUUGAUGACGAUCACGUUUGCCAGCCAUGCAACACACAGUGUGGAAGCUGUGAUUCACAGGCCAGCUGUACCUCCUGCCGAGAUCCAAACAAGGUUCUGCUCUUUGGGGAAUGUCAGUACGAGAACUGUGCCCCACAGUACUAUCUUGACUUCUCCACCAACAGGUGCAAAGAGUGUGAUUGGAGCUGCAGUGCCUGCAGUGGGCCCCUGAAAACAGACUGCCUGCAGUGCAUGGAUGGCUACGUUCUCCAGGAUGGGGCCUGUGUGGAGCAGUGCCGGUCAUCAUUUUACCAGGACUUGGGCCUCUGCAAGAACUGUGACAGCUACUGUCUCCAGUGCCAAGGUCCCCAUGAGUGUACCCGCUGUGAAGGGCCAUUUCUCCUCUUGGAAGCCCAGUGCGUCCAGGAAUGUGGGAAGGGGUACUUUGCAGAUCAUGUAAAGCACAAAUGCACAGCCUGUCCUCGGGGGUGCUUGCAGUGCAGCCGCAGGGACCGUUGUCACCUCUGUGGCCAUGGGUUCUUUCUGAAGAGUGGCCUCUGUGUUUACAACUGUGUUCCUGGCUUUUCUGCCCACUCCUCUAAUGAGACAUGUUCUGGCAAAAUACAUACCCCUAGUCUUCAUGUGAAUGGUUCCCUGAUCCUCCCAAUUGGUUCAAUAAAGCCACUGGAUUUUUCCCUCCUGAAUGUCCAAGACCAGGAGGGUAGGGUCGAAGAUCUCCUGUUUCAUGUUGUGAGUGCUCCCACCAAUGGUCAGCUAGUGCUCUCAAGAAAUGGAAAAGAGGUUCAGCUGGACAAGGCUGGACGUUUUAGCUGGAAAGAUGUGAACGAGAAGAAAGUGCGUUUUGUGCACAGCAAAGAAAAACUCAGGAAAGGUUACUUUUUCCUGAAAAUUAGUGACCAGCAGUUCUUCUCUGAGCCACAGCUGAUCAACAUACAAGCGUUUUCAACACAGGCCCCCUAUGUGCUGAGAAAUGAGGUUCUCCACAUUAGCAGAGGAGAGAGGGCAACCAUCACCACCCAGCUGCUUGACAUCCGAGAUGAUGAUAACCCACAGGAUGUGGUCGUUGAAGUAAUCGAUCCUCCACUUCAUGGCCAAUUGCUUCAAACACUUCAGUCCCCUGCAGCCCCUAUCGAUCAAUUCCAGCUGGAUGAACUCUCUAGAGGCCUUCUCCACUAUGCUCAUGAUGGUUCAGACAGCACAUCCGAUGUUGCAGUCUUGCAGGCGAAUGAUGGACACUCCUUCCAUAAUAUACUGUUCCAAGUGAAGACCGUGCCUCAGAAUGAUAGAGGUCUUCAACUUGUGGCUAAUUCAAUGGUGUGGGUUCCAGAAGGGGGCAUGCUGCAGAUCACCAACAAAAUCUUACAGGCUGAGGCUCCUGGUGCCAGUGCUGAAGAAAUCAUCUACAAGAUUACACAAGACUACCCCCAAUUUGGGGAGGUGGUCCUUCUGGUGAAUAUGCCUGCAGACAGCCCUGCAGAUGAAGGGCAGCACCUGCCUGAUGGGAGGACGGCUACCCCCACCAGCACCUUCACCCAGCAGGACAUCAAUGAAGGCAUCGUAUGGUACAGGCACUCAGGAGCCCCAGCCCAGAGCGACUCCUUCCGCUUCCAGGUGUCCAGUGCCUCUGAUGCCCAGACCCGCCUGGAGAGCCGCAUGUUCAACAUCGCGAUCUUACCACAGACACCUGAAGCACCUAAACUGUCUGUGGAAGCAUCUCUCCAUAUGACUGCUCGAGAAGAUGGCCUGACUGUCAUUCAGCCUCAUUCCCUCUCCUUUAUAAACUCUGAGAGGCCAAGUGGAAAGAUUGUCUACAAUAUCACUCUACCUCUGCAUCCAAAUCAAGGUAUCAUCGAGCACCGGGACCACCCUCACUCUCCUAUCCGGUAUUUCACGCAAGAGGAUAUUAACCAGGGCAAAGUCAUGUACCGCCCUCCCCCAGCAGCACCCCACCUCCAGGAGCUCAUGGCCUUCUCGUUUGCUGGUCUCCCAGAAUCAGUGAAAUUCCACUUCACAGUUUCGGAUGGAGAACACACAAGUCCGGAGAUGGUCCUCACCAUUCACUUACUGCCCAGUGAUCAGCAACUGCCAGUGUUCCAGGUCACAGCUCCACGGCUGGCGGUCAGCCCAGGAGGCAGCACUUCUGUAGGACUUCAGGUGGUAGUAAGAGACGCUGAGACAGCACCCGAAGAACUCUUCUUUGAGCUUCGGAGACCUCCCCAGCAUGGUGUGCUCCUUAAGCACACAGCUGUGUUCCGAAGGCCAAUGGCCACAGGUGACACUUUCACCUAUGAGGAUAUUGAGAAAAACGCUCUGCAGUAUAUACAUGAUGGUUCCUCUGCCCGGGAAGACAGCAUGGAGAUCUCAGUCACAGAUGGCCUCACGGUGACAAUGCUGGAAGUGAGAGUAGAGGUGUCCCUGUCAGAAGACCAAGGGCCUCGACUGGCUGCUGGCUCCUCUCUAAGCAUUACUGUUGCCAGUAAAAGCACAGCCAUAAUCACUAGGUCACACCUUGCUUACGUGGAUGAUUCUUCCCCCGACCCAGAGAUCUGGAUUCGGUUAAAUUAUCUGCCCACAUAUGGUACUCUCUUAAGAACCUCAGGACCUGAGGUGGAAGAACUCUCAGAAUUUUCCAAUUUCACAAUGGAAGACAUCAAUAACAAGAAAAUCAGAUACUCAGCUGUGUUUGAAACAGAUGGUCAUCUGGUUACUGAUAGCUUCUAUUUCUCUGUCUCUGACAUGGACCACAACCAUCUGGAUAAUCAGAUGUUUACCAUCAUGAUCACUCCUGCUGAAAAUCCACCUCCAGUCAUUGCUUUUGCUGACCUUAUCACGGUUGACGAGGGAGGGAGAGCCCCACUCUCAUUUCACCAUUUUUUUGCUACUGAUGAUGAUGACAACCUCCAGGGAGAUGCCAUCAUUAAACUAAGUGCUCUGCCCAAAUAUGGCUGCAUUGAGAACACAGGAACAGGUGAUCGUUUUGGCCCUGAAACUACCAGUGACCUAGAGGCAUCAUUUCCUGUUCAAGACGUCCUGGAAAACUACAUUUACUACUUUCAGAGUGUUCAUGAAAGCAUUGAGCCAACCCAUGAUAUUUUUAGUUUUUAUGUGAGUGAUGGAACCAGUCGUUCAGAAAUCCACAGCAUCAAUAUCACCAUUGAGAGGAAGAAUGAUGAGCCUCCCAGGAUGACCUUGCAGCCCCUUAGAGUACAGCUGAGCUCAGGAGUGGUGAUAAGCAAUUCUUCUUUGAGCCUGCAAGACAUGGAUACCCCAGAUAAUGAGCUCAUUUUUGCAUUGACAAGAAAGCCUGACCACGGUCAUCUGCUCCAGAGGCAAACUGCCUCUGAGCCUCUGGAGAAUGGGAGAGUUUUAGCCCAGGGCUCUACCUUCACCUACCAGGACAUCCUAGCUGGGCUGGUUGGGUAUGUGCCUGGUGUCCCUGGCAUGGACAUGGAUGAGUUCCAGUUCUCUCUCACUGAUGGCCUCCACGUGGACACAGGGAGGAUGAAGAUCUACAUAGAACUGCCUACAAGUGACACACCUCACUUGGCUAUAAACCGAGGCCUACAGCUCUCAUCAGGGUCUGUAGCACACAUCACAGAACAGCACUUGAAAGUGACAGAUAUUGACUCAGAUGGUCAUCAGGUUAUGUACAUCAUAAAGGAAGAUCCUGGUGCAGGGCGCCUGCAGAUGGUGAAGCAUGGCAACCUGGAGCAAAUUUCUGUUAAAGGCCCUGUCCGAAGUUUCACCCAGGCAGACAUUAGCCAAGGCCAUGUAGAAUAUAGUCAUGGAACAGGAGAACCUGGCGGGAGCUUUGCUUUUAAAUUUGAUGUGGUUGAUGGAGAAGGCAACAGAUUGAUUGACCAGUCAUUUUCCAUCAGCGUUCUAGAAGACAAAUCCCCACCAGUCAUCAUCACCAAUAAAGGACUGGUCUUGGAUGAAAACUCAGUGAAGAAAAUCACCACCCUGCAGCUGUCUGCCACCGACCAGGACAGUGGCCCUACAGAAUUGAUCUACAGAAUCACCAGACAGCCCCAGCUGGGCCACCUGGAACAUGCAACAUCACCAGGUAUCCAGAUUAGUUCCUUUACUCAAGCUGAUCUGACUUCACGAAAUAUUCAGUAUGUCCAUUCUAGUGAGGCUGAGAAACAUUCAGAUGCCUUCAGCUUUACACUGUCUGAUGGAGUCAAUGAGGUGACUCAGACUUUCCAUAUCACUCUUCACCCUGUCGAUGAUUUGCUGCCCAUCGUACAGAACUCAGGGAUGCGGGUGCAGGAGGGCGUGAGGAAGACCAUCACAGAGUUUGAGCUUAAGGCGGUGGAUGCUGACACAGAGGCCGAAUCUGUCACUUUCACCAUCGUGCAGCCUCCACGCCAUGGCACCAUUGAGCGAACCAGCAAUGGGCAGCAUUUCCACCUCACCUCCACCUUCACCAUGGAAGACAUCUACCAGAACCGGGUCAGCUACAGCCAUGACAGCAGUAACUCCCUCAAGGACUGGUUCACCUUCACUGUUUCUGAUGGGACAAACCCCUUCUUUAUCAUUGAGGAAGGGGGAAAAGAGGUUAUGACAGCAGCACCUCAGCGGUUCCAAGUAGACAUCCUCCCAGUAGAUGAUGGCACGCCUAGAAUUGUCACCAACCUGGGACUCCAGUGGCUGGAAUACAUGGAUGGCAAGGCAACCAACCUGAUCACCAAGAAGGAACUGCUGACCGUGGACCCAGACACCGAGGACGCGCAGCUAGUCUAUGAGAUAACGACGGGCCCUAAGCAUGGCUUUGUGGAGAACAAGCUGCAACCUAGCAGAGCUGCUGCCACUUUCACCCAGGAGGAUGUGAACUUGGGGUUGAUUCGUUACGUGUUGCAUGAGGAGAAGAUCCAUGAGAUGAUGGAUAGUUUUCAGUUUCUGGUGAAAGACAGUAAACCCAACGUGGUCAGCGACAAUGUCUUCCAUAUCCAGUGGUCCCUCAUCAGCUUUAAAUAUACCAGCUACAACGUCAGUGAGAAGGCAGGGUCUGUCAGUGUCAUGGUGCAGAGGACUGGGAACCUGAACCAAUAUGCCAUCGUCCUGUGUCACACCGAGCAAGGCACCGCCAGCUCCAGCUCUAGGGUCAGCUCCCAACCUGGGCAACAGGACUACGUAGAGUAUGCUGGCCAGGUCCAGUUUGAUGAGCGAGAGGACACCAAGUCCUGCACCAUUGUCAUCAACGAUGACGACGUGUUUGAAAAUGUUGAGAGUUUCACUGUGGAGCUCAGCAUGCCAGCUUAUGCCCUGUUAGGGGAAUUCACCCGGGCAAAGGUCAUUAUCAACGACAGUGAGGAUGAACCCACAUUAGAGUUUGACAAGAAGAUCUACCGGGUCAACGAGAGUGCUGGUUUUCUGUUUGCACCUAUUGAAAGAAAAGGAGAUGCAAGCAGCAUUGUAUCUGCAGUUUGCUACACAGUCCCUAAGUCAGCUAUGGGAAGUAGCCUCUAUGCUCUAGAAUCAGGCUCUGAUUUUAAAUCUAGAGGGAUGUCUGCUGCGAGUCGUGUGAUAUUCGGGCCUGGUGUGACCAUGUCCACCUGUGAUGUCAUGCUUAUUGAUGACAGCGAGUAUGAAGAGGAAGAAGAGUUUGAGAUUGCCUUGGCAGAUGCCUCUGACAAUGCCCGCAUUGGAAGGGUGGCGACAGCCAAGGUGCUCAUUAGUGGUCCCAACGAUGCCUCCACUGUGUCCCUGGGCAACACAGCUUUCACUGUCAGUGAGGACGCAGGCACAGUAAAGAUUCCAGUUAUCCGCCAUGGUACUGACCUCUCUACUUUCACAUCUGUCUGGUGUGCAACACGGCCCUCAGACCCAGCUUCUGCCACACCAGGAGUUGACUAUGUUCCCAGCUCUCGGAAGGUGGAAUUUGGGCCCGGUGUCACUGAACAGUAUUGCACCUUGACUAUCUUGGAUGACACUCAGUAUCCAGUAAUUGAAGGACUGGAGACAUUUGUGGUUUUCCUCAGCUCAGCACAAGGAGCCGAACUGACCAAACCCUUCCAGGCAGUCAUUGCAAUUAAUGACACAUUCCAAGAUGUGCCCAGCAUGCAGUUUGCCAAGGAUUUGCUCCUAGUGAAGGAGAAGGAGGGUGUCCUGCAUGUCCCUAUUACUCGGAGCGGAGACCUGAGCUAUGAGUCAUCAGUGAGGUGCUAUACUCAGAGCCAUUCCGCUCAGGUCAUGGAGGACUUUGAGGAGAGACGAAAUGCAGACUCUUCACGGAUUACGUUUCUGAAAGGGGACAAAGUGAAGAACUGUACGGUCUAUAUCCACGAUGACUCCAUGUUUGAGCCAGAGGAACAGUUCAGGAUCUACCUCGGGCUUCCUCUUGGAAACCACUGGAGUGGAGCUAGAAUUGGAAAGAAUAACAUGGCCACCAUCACCAUAUCAAAUGAUGAAGAUGCCCCCACCAUUGAGUUUGAAGAGGCUGCAUACCAAAUCCGGGAACCCGCAGGCCCAGAUGCCAUUGCAAUUCUGAACAUCAAGGUGAUCCGCAGAGGGGAUCAGAACAGGACCUCCAAGGUUCGCUGCAGCACGCGGGAUGGCUCUGCCCAGUCUGGUGUGGAUUAUUACCCAAAGAGCCGAGUCUUGAAGUUCAGUCCUGGUGUGGAUCAUAUCUUUUUUAAAGUUGAGAUCCUGUCCAAUGAAGACCGCGAAUGGCAUGAAUCUUUCUCAUUAGUCCUUGGCCCAGAUGACCCAGUGGAAGCAGUUCUCGGGGAUGUGACUACUGCCACAGUGACGAUUCUAGACCAGGAGGCAGCAGGGAGCCUCAUAUUGCCAGCACCACCCAUUGUGGUCACACUUGCUGACUAUGACCAUGUGGAAGAAGUUACCAAGGAAGGAGUCAAGAAAUCCCCCUCCCCAGGCUACCCGCUGGUCUGUGUCACCCCCUGUGACCCUCAUUUCCCCAGAUAUGCUGUCAUGAAGGAGCGCUGCAGUGAGGCCGGCAUCAACCAGACAUCUGUGCAGUUCAGCUGGGAAGUGGCUGCCCCCACUGAUGGCAAUGGGGCCCGGUCUCCCUUUGAAACCAUCACUGACAACACACCAUUCACCAGUGUCAACCACAUGGUCCUGGACAGCAUUUACUUCAGCCGGAGGUUCCAUGUGCGUUGUGUGGCCAAGGCUGUGGACAAGGUGGGCCAUGUGGGGACCCCCUUAAGGAGCAACAUUGUUACCAUUGGAACAGACAGUGCUAUCUGCCACACACCAGUGGUGGCUGGGACAUCCAGAGGCUUCCAGGCUCAGUCCUUCAUUGCAACCUUGAAAUACCUCGAUGUCAAACAUAAAGAGCAUCCAAACAGAAUCCACAUUUCGGUGCAGAUCCCACAUCAGGAUGGAAUGCUGCCCCUUAUCUCCACCAUGCCGUUGCACAACUUGCAUUUUCUACUGUCUGAGUCCAUCUACAGACACCAGCACGUCUGCUCCAAUUUAGUUACCACCUAUGACCUGAGAGGCAUCUCAGAGGCAGGGUUCCUGGAUGAUGUGGUCUAUGACAGCACCGCCCUGGGGCCUGGCUAUGAUCGCCCCUUCCAGUUUGACCCCAGCGUGCGAGAGCCAAAGACCAUCCAGCUCUACAAACACCUGAAUCUGAAGAGCUGCGUGUGGACCUUUGAUGCUUAUUACGACAUGACUGAGCUGAUUGAUGUCUGUGGGGGCUCUGUAACCGCCGACUUCCAGGUGAGGGACUCUGCUCAGUCCUUCUUGACAGUGCACGUUCCUCUGUAUGUGUCCUACAUCUAUGUGACAGCCCCCAGGGGCUGGGCCUCCUUGGAGCACCACACUGAGAUGGAGUUUUCUUUCUUCUAUGACACUGUUCUCUGGAGAACAGGAAUCCAGACAGACAGUGUGCUCUCUGCAAGGCUUCAGAUAAUAAGAAUCUACAUUCGAGAGGAUGGCCGUCUUGUCAUUGAAUUCAAGACCCAUGCCAAAUUCAGAGGACAGUUUGUGAUGGAGCACCACACUCUCCCGGAUGUGAAAUCUUUCAUAUUGACUCCAGAACACCUAGGAGGAAUUGAAUUUGACUUGCAGCUGUUAUGGAGUGCUCAGACUUUUGAUUCUCCAUAUCAACUCUGGAGAGCCACAAGCUCUUAUAACAGGAAAGACUACUCGGGAGAGUACACCAUCUACCUGAUCCCUUGCACAGUGCAGCCCACACAGCCAUGGGUUGACCCAGGAGAGAAGCCUUUGGCCUGCACUGCACAUGCCCCGGAAAGAUUCCUGAUACCCAUUGCAUUCCAGCAGACCAACCGCCCUGUGCCAGUUGUGUAUUCACUUAACACUGAAUUUCAGCUCUGCAAUAAUGAGAAGGUGUUCCUAAUGGAUCCCAAUACAUCUGAUAUGUCACUGGCAGAAAUGGAUUACAAAGGAGCCUUUUCAAAAGGUCAAAUCCUUUAUGGCCGAGUACUUUGGAAUCCAGAACAAAACCUUAAUUCUGCUUACAAACUCCAGCUGGAGAAAGUCUAUCUUUGUACGGGCAAGGAUGGCUAUGUCCCUUUCUUUGAUCCCACGGGGACAAUCUACAAUGAAGGGCCCCAGUAUGGAUGCAUUCAGCCAAACAAACACCUAAAACACAGAUUCCUGCUGUUGGACCGCAAUCAGCCAGAGGUAACUGAUAAGUACUUCCAUGAUGUGCCUUUUGAGGCUCACUUUGCCUCUGAGUUGCCUGAUUUCCAUGUGGUCAGUAGCAUGCCAGGUGUGGAUGGAUUUACUCUAAAAGUAGAUGCACUCUAUAAGGUGGAAGCAGGACACCAGUGGUAUCUCCAGGUCAUCUACAUCAUUGGCCCCGACACCAUCUCAGGGCCCCGGGUCCAGCGCUCUCUCACAGCUCCACUCAGACGCAACCGAAGGGACCUCGUGGAGCCCAGUGGCAGGCUGACCCUUGAUGAUUCCCUCAUCUAUGACAAUGAAGGAGACCAAGUCAAGAAUGGCACCAAUAUGAAGUCCCUGAAUCUGGAGAUGCAAGAGCCAGCGGUAGCUGCGUCCCUGUCACAGACUGGGGCAUCCAUUGGCAGUGCUCUGGCUGCGAUCAUGCUUCUACUUCUGGUGUUUUUGGUGGCUUGUUUCAUUAACAGGAAAUGCCAGAAACAGAGGAAGAAGAAGCCCGCAGAGGACAUUUUGGAGGAAUAUCCUCUGAAUACUAAGAUAGAAGUGCCCAAGAGGCACCCGGACCGGGUGGAGAAGAACGUAAAUAGACAGUACUGCACUGUGCGGAACGUCAACAUCCUGAGCGAGCCUGAGGCGGCUUACAUGUUCAAAGGUGCUAAAGUAAAAAGACUGAAUCUAGAAGUCAGAGUUCACAACAAUUUACAAGAUGGAACAGAAGUUUAAUGGAGGAGACCUGUGUGUAUUUUUUUCUAAAAUCAUUUUUAUAAAAUGGGGGGAAAUACUGGUAUUUUUAUAAUCUCACAGAUGACAAAGGGAAAACUAUAGCUUUGAGUGGCAGACGGCACACAUCACAUGCAUCAACUCACAACUGAGCUACCUCAUUCAACAAAGAACCACUGAGACCUCCAGAAUGUUAGAGUUAUUUCCAUAGAUCCCUGUAAUCGUGUCAACAGCUGUACACAGCUCCUUCUGUAAGGCUGGUCUUAGAAAACAAAUACUUUAGUAUCAGGACAGGAGUCGAACAAUUAGGUUAGCAGAUGGAGAUGAGAGGACUGGGUACUGUACCAUGGCAGAUCUCAGAGAGAAGAAGUAGGUACAGGGCCUUUGGUUCCCUCCCCCAGUCCCAGCUUUCUCCUACAGGGCUUUUCCUCAACCCCCAGACAGCAGAGUAUGAACUGCCGACACCCAGAUUCCAUUAAAAAUUCUACUAAUCGACACAACACAUAUAUUUGCUCAUGAUUUCCACUUGACAGCGUAUGCUCCUUGGCCUCUAAUUGUACUUUGCUUUUCAGAGCCCUUUUUACCUGGGGAUUUCAAUGUGCUUAAGUAGAAUCCUCUGAAAACCAUGGGAGCCUCCGCCUCCUCAGGCACAGAGAACUCCCUCCUACAAAGUGGGAGACUGAAACCUGAGUUAAGGAGGGGCCUGGCAGGUGUAUCAGAGCACAUUAGUGAUGCCCUUCACCCCAGGGAGGUGUCUUUGUUCCCAACUGGUUUACGUGGCACUGAGACAUCCCUCCCUGGCCAAGGAUGCUGCAAAACAGAUCAAUGUACUAUGGCCUUUUAAUUCAACAUUGCCGUAAAUACUUUAAAGAAAACCUGCCACACUUUCCUGCUACUCCAGGCUUUGCCCAGUCCCGUAAUAGACAAUCCAUGUGCUUUGCUAGCUAUGGGUUUUUAUUGUGUUAGUGCUUCUGGAGAGUAAGUGAUUCAUUUGAAUAAGGCAAAUUAGGAGAAAGCCCAGGUUGGGGUGAAAUAAGACUUAACAGAUACAUGCUGGUUCUCCUUGCUGUGUGAGACACAGCAGACAGAGGCACUGUUCCUGGUGCAGUAUUUCAGGGAUUUCUCUUUGAGGGGUUCUUUUCUGGUAGCUCAGGCAAUUAUUUUUACCAUAUCAGCACAUGACAAGGCCAUGAACACAUGGCUCUAAAAUAAUUUAGUGUUGAAGUAUCAGCUUAACUAUUUUGUGUAGGCUACACACAGCUUGCUUUUGUUUCUCUUGUUUCUGCCUUAUUGGCAGAAACAUAAGCAUGCAUGCCAUGUUGUUUUGAAUUGGAGGCACGGUUUCAUUAUUCAAGAGUAAAAGACAUGUCCUCUUCUGAUGCAUGGCACACCACAGUCACCAAGCAAAUAAUGGAGCCUUCACAUUGUGUAAUAUAUGUAUGAGAAUGACUCAAGCUCUUUGAGAACAUUCCAAACUAGUAACAUUUCGCUACGAAAAGCUAGAAAGGAUGAACUGUGAAAGGUUCUAGGCAGCUCUGUGAGACUCCAAGAUCCUUGAAAGUAGGACCUUUGUGAGCCACGCCUUUCAUUCUUCAGCAGUGCCUUGCGUGUAACAAGCACUCCAGAAAUAUUUGUUGAAUGAAUGAAUGGUGUCAUGGGUGAAUGAUAGGGGAAUAAAUUUAGGAAGGGAAAGUGAGAGAGUAUGGUGGCAAUAUCACAAGGGAGGAGAGAGGAAAACAAUUAUCUUCUCUACUUGGAUUAUGAGAUAAUCUUUUACUUGGAGCAAAGAAACACUGCUUUACAAAGGCAUGACUCUGACAGUGGUCCUAAGGAAGCAUGAACAGAAAGUUCAUAAUAAUGUAUCAGCAGCAGAUGAGAUUAUGAAUUGGCAUCCAGAACAGGAGAUUUAGAGGAAAAUCUGAUUUAGCAUUCUGGAAUGAGUGUCAGGUUUUCAGGAGAGAAUGAAUUGGGUAAGUCCAGAGUCUGAAACUCCUGACUGGUGAGAUGCUACUUAAGACCAGCUUGGACAAUUCAGGGCAGAACUCCUAUAUCAGCCUCAUGGACACCCAUAAUUGGUAUCUCAUGGCUGGAGAGCUGAUCAGGCAGGGUACAGAAUCUCCAGAACAACCUAGAGAGUGAAUGCUAAUUUGUAGAGGGAAUUUCCAUUGGGUCCAUUAUUUGUAACUGUGUAACUGCUCCAAGUGCCAGAAUGCUUACACGUUAAAGCAGAACCUUUCCAUUUGCCCAAAUAUUCUUCUUGCACACCCCUUCCAUUACUGCUGAAUGGGAAGAGUGCAGAGGUGGCAGAAGGAAGCUAGAGUGGGAAGGACUAAAGACUGAGCCCCAGAGUGCUCCCAGCAACUGCCACGUACAAGGUUGGAAAUGACAAGGGCAAGAGUGAGAUACGAAACUGUGUGUGAAAGGAAAGCCCUUGCAGUAUUUCUGCCCGCCUUUCUACAUGUACGUUAUUGAAUGCCAGUACUUCUCUAGUGGAUGCACACUUGUUAAAUAGUGUUAAGAGAUGUAGAGAUAGAAUAUACCCCUUUGAUGUAGAAUUAUUCAUUUGGUUUGUUUCAUACUUCAUCAUAGGAAUCAAGUAAUUUGAUGACUAAUGUGGAUUAUAUUUCAGUCAAAGCUCUGCUUUCAAUUUCUCUGAUUUGCUCACUAAUGCCUUGUGUGUGUUUUACUAACCUUUUAUAUCUUGCCUUCAAGUGAGAAGGAACAAACAACUCUCAGUGGUUGCUACUUGCUAUUAUAUGCUGGCUGUGAAGGUUAAAAGAAAGAAUGGUCUGCACCAUUUUUUCUGCCUCGCUGCCCUUUUAUUGUACCCCAGGCCUCCUAGAGGACUCCUGCAGAUUCUGUUGUUGGGUGGGAAAUAGUGUUGCAAUGUGUUUGCACAGUCUUAUGAUAUUCAGUCUCAGUCUGCUAUAGGUAUUUGUUAUUCUUGGAUACUACACACCUGCUCGGACUGAGUAAACAUUUGUGGUGCUGUCAACCUGAUUUCUUGACUCUCAAAUGAUUUUUGUAUUUCAAAUAUGAAUUUGUGUGUUAUGAAUUUCUGAUUUCUCCAGUAGUAUAUGCCACUAUAUAAAUUUGUAUUAAUAAAUGACAUUCUGGUUGUUUU